AUGGCCACACUCAAGCCCCCUCCAGUCCAGCACCGCUCAUCCUCCUCAUCACCUUCGCCUCCUAAAGCCCCUCUCAAAGUUGAUCCUACAGCAACAAUCGCCGAUACAGCAGUCUUCCAAGGCACAUACCCAGUCACCAUCGGCGCAGGCACAGUGAUCCACCCUCGCGCCAAAUUCUAUACCUACGAAGGACCGAUAACAAUUGGCGAUGGAUGCGUCAUUAGCGAAAAGGUUGUGAUUGGAGUUGCUCCGACAAGAGGGUCAAGAUCAACAACACCCGAUCCCACCUCCACCAGGGAAAUAGCAACCCACCUCUCCUACUUCGUGACGAUCGGUCCUCAAUCCACUAUCUACCCAGGCGCACAUAUUCAUUCCGCUGCAGUGGUCGAGCCCCUUGUAACAAUAAACCGAAAUGCCGACAUUGGAUCCCACGCGAAGAUCUGCUCAGGGUGCGUAGUCCCUGAGCGAAGCUCUGUGGCGGAAUGGAUGGUUGUUUGGGGCUCUGGUGUGGGCCAGCGAAGGAGGAGAGCGCGAGAGGCCAAAGCACCUGGCCCUGCCAUUGUUGUUGCGGCGCAGGUUGCACAAGUCCCUCUACCUGCGCCUGCACCUGAGGGCAAGUUGAUUGAGGAUGCUAGGUUGAUGGUCUUGAAAAAGGAGAGAGAGGCAUUGGCUCGAAUGAUCGUGCCUGCUGGUACAGGAAGGAAAAAAUGA